AAAAAGGUAGGUAUUAUUUCUAAAUUCACCGUACUUAUAUUUUGUUUCUUUUUCCCUAAUAGAAUGCAGAGAUGUUUCAACUUGCAUUAGUAUGUUUGUAUGUGGGUUUUGGUCAAUCAAACGGAGAUACAUCUGUUUUGUCACGAAUACCGGACAUUGUCAACUAUCUUUGUCCCGGAGGUGACAUUUGCUUAAGCAGUCGCUCAUCCGGAACUGCAGACGACAUUUCGUUUAAAACAGGAACAGAAUCUUGCUGUGCUGAAUGCUCAUGCUCAGCUGAAUGCCCAGAAACUGGUAACUGUUGCUUUCCGGAUGCAUUGCUAUCUAAAAAUCACAUAAAUGAAAAACUGGAGAAGUUUCAACAUGAUCGUUCUUGUCUUUAUCCUACACUGCCUUAUCCAGCAAGAGAUGAAAUUUUAUAUCAGUCGUUCUUUAUGGUUUCCUCUGUUCAGGAUAUUUCAUCAGGCGGUCAGGAAGGCCUAUCUGAUUCAUCCUGUGGUGAUAUAAAAGUUGCUCCCUGGGGCAGUUUUUAUCCCGUUUACUCUGCAAAGUCAGGACUAAUUUAUAAAAACAUAGAAUGCGCAAACCAAAAUGGUGAAGAUACUGACGUUAUAAUUUGGGAUGCGGUUAUCAAAUGCACAGAUGCCGACGUCACGCAAAGUAUCACCAUGAUUUCCAGUGGAACAGAACAAGACUCAUUUUAUGAAAGCUGUCAAAUACAUUUUAUCUUCCCUGGUACUUAUGAUGUUUUACAACCGUUGAAAUGUUACACCAAUCUCAUUGACACUUGCCCCGAAUCUCAGGAUUUUCAAGUGCCUGUAGGAAUAAAUGUUUCAAAAGACGAUAUAAGGACACUCUGUACAAAAAGUGGCAUGGUGUCGCCAUAUCGAAAUCAGAAAAUGUAUGCAAAUGCCUUUUGUCACAUUUGUAAUGGAGAGGAAUUUUUUCGUCAUAUAUUUUGCCCAAAAUAUGGUGAAGAUUUUAUCUUUGGAGGUAAAAGUGGUACUGGAGAAGGACUAAUAGCACUGAUUGAUGGUAACUUUAUAGCUGUGACUAGUGAUAGACACCAUUCCAAGGUAAAGGAAUUACCAACAGCAUGCGCAAUAAAAGAUGAAAACAGCUGCCGUCAAGUCCUUUGUCCGAGUGGACAGCUAAGAGACAGAACAAAUAAGUGUGUAUAUCCGACUAAUAUUUGGUACAAUCAAAUAUAUGCGGUAUAUAUUAAUCUUACAUUGAAAAAUCCUAUUAACGUAUCUGAGGUCUUUGAUAUUCCAUACGGGUACAUAUUGUCAUCAGUUUUGCCUUCUCUAGAAUCAACAUGGUUGAGAAGAUGGUUUAUUUAUUCUAUAUUCUAUAGAGUGAUGGAUCAGCCACAAAUGUCAAACAACGUUAUAAUCAUUAUGCAUAGAAAACUGUCAAAAGUUAAACCGGACAAUCUAAUUACAAACAUAAAGAAAAUAAUUGGAAACACAUGGUCAAUGCGUUUAGGAAAUACCACGGAAGUUCUUAAAUCAGCAAACUUUUCUAUGAGUUUGUCAUUUUGGAGUCAAAUCCAUCGGAGUAAAGAUUAUACAUCAUAUAAUAUCACGGAGAAACUGGAAAAACCACAGUAUAAAUUAGUGUAUGUUUCUAGAAUUCCUAUGCAGAAAACACAUAUCAUUACCGGGCUAUACAUUUGCGUACAAAUUGAGCUAAACCCAUCAGAAUUUCUUCUGCUUGAAGAUAACCGAGUCCUCUACAUUUAUAUUUCAAAGCGCUUCGUUUUUGAUGGUCGAUUUGUCCUUUCGCGAACUUUCGGGGAAACUCAUGCCAGAAUUUGCAUUGAAGACUCGGGAUUGUACGAAAGAGGCAGGAAUGUGGCUACAAAUCUACAAAACGUUUAUCCCUGUUUUAUUGUCGCAAGUCUGUUGUCGAUUCUUUUACAAGCAGCAGUAUCUUGAUUUUAAAACUACUUUUCAUUGCGAGAGACUAUCUAUAUUUAUAUUUAGAUGCUAGUAUUCUCUUUGUUUGUUAAUAGUUUGAUAUUUUUGAUGUCCAUAUA